AUGAAGAAGACAUUACUGCUCGUGUUUCUACACGGCUUCAAGGGCUCUGAUCACACCUUCAACAACUUCCCUUCCGAUCUUCGCGCGUUGCUGGCGCACACCCUACCGAACAUUGACAUCCUGAGCAUACAAUACCCGCAGUACGAGACCCGAGGCGACCUCAAGGAGUGUGUCGCGCGGUUCAAAGAAUGGCUCCAAAACAAAGUCAUCGACCUCGAAGUCGCCAACGGCACGCCCUCGCCUACAGUUGACCCCUCAGUCCACGUCAUACUAUGCGGCCACAGCAUGGGCGGCAUCGUCGCCGCCGAAACUCUGCUGAGCAUCGCGCGCGACGAGCCAGUCCCUUCCGCCUACGCCAACGACACGACGAACAACACCACCACGCGCCCCACCUCCUCCUCCAAAGCGCCUACGAACCUCAACCCGCCCGACUCCGAAGCACGACCUUCUUCCGCACCACCUCAAGAACCUAGCAGAUUAUUCUUCCCGCACGUACAAGCGGUCCUGGCGUUCGAUACACCGUACUUGGGCAUCAGCCCGGGCGUCCUCGCGCACGGCGCAGAAGAGCACUUGAACCAAGCAUCAAGCGCGUACAAAGCCUUCGAGGGCGCCAGCAGUCUCUUCGGCUGGAACUCGCCACGCAGCGGCUCCCCCGCGCCCGUCGCCAACGCGUCAGCGAAAGGCCUGCCGGCAGCAGACGGGAGCACGGCGUCGGGCGGCUGGGGGAAAUGGGGCAAAUACGCCGCCUUCGGGGGUGCGGCGGCAGCCAUCGCCGGGGCGGCGGGGGCGGCGUAUCUGAAUCGCAGCCAGAUACAGCAGGGGUUCAUGUGGGCGGGGAGUCAUCUCGAAUUCGUGGGAUGUCUUGCCCGCGGCGCCGAGCUGCAGAAGCGCGUGGAGAGUGUGGUUGAGUUGACGCGGACGCAUGAGGUGGGGUUUGCGAACUUUUACACCGCGUUGGGGACGAAGGUUACGGGGCAGACGAAGUAUGCGGGCGCGAUGGUGGGCGCGGAUCGCACGUUCUGCGUUGUGCCGAAGGGGGAGAUGCAACCUGAGAGUCCUACUGGGUCUAAACGCGCUGCUCCUUCAUCAUCAUCUAACCAGCAACCCUCGGCGAAACGCCGGAAGAGUAAAGAGGCAAUGGCAGAGGAGAUGGAGCAAGGCGAGCAAGUGCAAGAAUUCGCCCAAGACACUUCGAAGAGCAAAGGACAUUGGGUGAAGUGUGUCAAUGAGCUUGCGACGGAUGAGCUGCGGGCGCAUACGAGUAUGUUUCGGGCGGCGGGGAAUUCGGGGUAUCAUGAGAUGUUGCCGCGGGCGAGGGAUUGGAUUGUUGAGGGCUUGGAUCAGGGGUGGAGCGGGGGUUCUGUUGGGAAGGCGGGGGAGGUGGUGAUGGAUGAGGAGGAGGGGGAUGCUCAGGGUGGUGCUCCUGAGGAUCCUAUUGUUAUUACGCCGUGA